UUUAAUGACAUAAUGUCACGUGAGCGAGCUCGUGUUUUCUAAAUUAGGUAGCGAAAGUUUCCGACGUUCGCUCUGCAUUCGCAUUCCGUCCCGUCGAGGAGCAAUGGGUAGCUGUUGUCCGUGCAUGAGCAAUGGCAACGGCGAGGAAGAACGGCCUCUCAUACGAGAAGGAAAACACCCGAACGCGGCGACACUGACCACGUCAGUGAGCGACUCUGAAGUCACUGGCUCACACAGCCCGCCCAGCGCGCGUCCGAGAUAUCUACAACCGAUGCGGAUGGAGUCGCUGCGUAUACAGAAAGUCGACGCCAUGUUCGAGCGAGCGGCGACGCCGUUUAAUGUGAUUGUCGAGCAUUACGCGAGAGUCGAAGAGUCGAACCAGCAGUUCCGUGACACGCUGCAGUUGCCUCAUUCCGCCACGUUCCUCGAGUGUUUUCGCAAUAUUCAGAAGAAACUGGGCAGCACCGAGCUGCACGUGGUCUACGAAGGGCAGUUUACGUUGUUGAGUAUUGAGGAUUUUGAGAGUCUGAGGGAGGAUGUACGCCGGGCGACUAAGCACUUCCGGUUGAUUAUCGAUGCUUCAAAGCAGCUGCUGGAGACAGCACCGCGUGUGUGUGAGGAGUUGAGAUCGUGUAGUGAGGAGGCGAGGAGAAUGCUUGAUGAGUUGGGGACGUUAGCGAAGGAGGCCGGGUUGCAUAUGAUGCAGAAACUUGCGGCUCCGAAAACGUAUGCGAGCAAUAGGACGCAGCUAGUGAAGGGCCCUGAUUCUGUGCAAGUGCUCAUAGGGAAGACGGAAGAACUGCUGAAAAGGAUUCAGGAGGAAGCGAAGAAAUUUGACAAGGAACGAUAUCAGUAGAGUGGAGCAGAGCAGAGUAGCCCGUAGACAGGAUUAGAUUUCCUAUACUGUAGGCUGUGGGUAUUAUCAUCAUUUUUUGAGUCAGAUACUUACUGUUGGUUAUUGAUGAAUUGAGUGGCUCGGUUGCUUAGUGACAGUGACUCUGACUGCCGUAUUAAUUGAAAUAUUAUACAUGUGCUGGUUGGUGAUAGCAAUAAUUAUUAUAGUGUGACAA